UAAUACAAUUUCACAAACACUACACGGACCUCUGUUAAUUAUGGGUAUCAUGUUGUAAAUAGCCAUUCGGAUUAGGGUUGUAAUUACAACCUAUUUAUAUCGUUGUAAUCUGUACUCUCAAGUUAACGAAAUAAAAAAUUCUCGUGUUCUUUCGAUUCUGCUUGAUUAUUUGACAACCUCUUUACUUGAGGUGAUACGGUACCUUUUGAAUCUAUCCAAAAAUUACACCAUCAUAAACGUAACGACUCCACGAAUCUUCAAGAGCUAACAACCAGCUCUCUCUCUCUUACUUUAUUUCAAAUUUGUGCUCUGCCUUCUCUCUUCUCCAGCGCCUCUUGUAGGGUUUUUCAGGGGUUGCCGCCGGCACCUCCUGGUGACCGGCGGUAGCCCAAUGCUCUUUCCAUCCCCUUGCUUUAUUUUCGUGCUUCCUUGUACCUGGUUUCGCCUUCUUCAAUCGGAUUUUCCAGCUGUUUAGCUUCUCUUGCCUUUUUGGCCUUUCGUUGCCCUGUUCUUGGGUUCCUUUUCUGGAUUUGCUCUCCUUGGGGCUGGGUUAAGCAUCUAGAAGUCUCCUCUCUAGAUGGUGGGUUCAUCAACUUGCAUGGUGAAUCGAUUCAUUGAUUUCCCCUCCGUUUCCCCUGUUGGUAGUUCUCUGCCUCUUGGUCGGCGUCGGUGGUAGGAAGGCGAUGUCUGGUCCUUCUGGCUGCGGUUUCAGAUCUUGGAUUUUUGAGUUUGGGUUCCUCUUCUCCCUUGACCAAGUUCUUGGUGCCUGGUCUCCCUCUGCUUUUUCAGCUCGGAGCAUUUCGAUCCUCUACCCUUUCCACCACUAUGUAAUCCCUAACAAGAGAUUCACUGUGUUGAGCGUCUUCGAGCGACUCCCAGGAGGCGGCAUUUGGCGUUGUUUUCAAUUGUCAAGGACUUGGUCGGAUCGGACGAGCUGAUUGUGCUUGGUGCUCUUUGUUUGAUUUGUUUGCAGGAGAGCUUUCGGUGGCUUCUGGAUCUGAUUCAAGUGUUGCAGAUUUUUUGGGUUGAUCUUUUCUGGGUUUUGCUUUCCUUGUUGUAUUUCAUUGACACAGAUUGUUCAAUCGUGUGCUUGAGUUUGUCUGGCCUUGAUCCUUUCUGGGUUCCUUUGUUUGCUGGCCUUGUAACCUUUCUUUCAAAGAGCAAUACAAGUAAAUCCUUUGUAAAAAAAAUAAUAAUAAUAAACGUAACAACUUGCGCAAAAGAGCGAGGUAGCUAAUUAGCUAUAGUGUUAGUGUAGUGUUUGGGUGUAAACAGGUAGCUAGCUCCGAUCCCGUGAAAGAGAAUGAGGCCGAUCUGGUUCAUGAUUUGAUGAUAGACAAAAUCGACCAAAAGCAAGCAAGCAAACAACUCUUUGUUUAUUUCCGUUUUUCUUCUUAUCGUUUUCAUCUUUGCUUAGCUAAUAAUAAUAAGCGGUAUAUGAUUCAUAAUUGAACCCAAAAUUUGAGUUAUUGAAAUUAAGUGGUACGUGGUUAUUGGGAUUUGCUAGAUCAUGACAUGGUAUAUCAGAGCCUUUUGUUAUCGAGAAUUCUUUUGUUCGAAUCUCGACAACCCAAUUUCCGACAGUGCAACCCAAGAUUUUGAACAAUUUAGGAGAUACUGUUGUUUUUAGUUAAAAAAAAAUUCAUUGAUUAUAAUUUUUUUCUUCAAAUAACAUUCAAACGAACGAAAAUUAUACAGAAAUGAAUUCUUCAGCUGAAAAACACGUUAUUUUAAUUUAAUUAACUAAAACCAAAAACACAAAACACGUCAUUUUAGUUGUUUAUGUGGUUGUUUUUUUGCUAAUGGAGGGACCAGUUCAUUUAGCCCCCUCCUUUUGCCCCUCUCCAAAUCAGAGCUAUUUUAGCUCCUCAAAACCUCUAUUUGGCUUUUUAGCCUUGUGUUUAGCCAUGGGUUGAACUAAAAGUUGUGGGGGGGCUAAAAUGCCAUUUUGAGCUUUUAGCCCUCGAGUUGUGGACAGCUUUAUUAGUAUCUACUAGAUCAUGACAUGGUAUAUCAUAGCCUUUUAUCAUCGAGAAUUCUUUUGUUCAAAUAUCGACAACCCAAUUUUCUGACAGUGCAAACUUAAAGUUUAUAUGAGUGACUUAAGUUUAAGAGAAUAUAUUAGUGUAUAUCAUAUAAUUCAUAACUAAGCCUCUCAUAAUAACUGGAGUUAUUAGAAUUGAUCCAUGAAAACAACUAUUUAUCCACUCACCCAGCCCCAACCCAACCCAAACAUAAUGAUACUCUUAUCUCUCUUGGUCUUUGCUUUCCUUCAACUCAAAGCUUUUGAGACUUUUAGAGACGUAGAAAAUGCCAAAAAGGAUGGAAUCCAAUGGGUCGAUCUCAUCACUCUUUUAUCUAAACUUUCUCAUAAUCCCAUUAGAGACUAAAGUAUUCUCUUAUCCAACAUAAUGGCGACAAUUGAUCAUCCUCCUAUCCUUAAACUACAUCCACUUGGCGCAUAAGCAUGCAUGAUUAAUACUCAAAUGAUAAUUUUGAUGAAUUGCGAUACAGAUCAAAAUCAGAUCAGGGCCACAGAAUAAUUGGAGGACCAUCGACCAAUAUCCAUGUCCAAACUCCAAACCAAUUUAAGAGAUGGAGUGCCGUUAGCCAUAACUUUCUUUAAGCUCUUCUUUCAUUUUCUCCAAUGUUUUUCUUUACAGAUUCAUCUCGCUUAACUGUCCACGCCAAUACAAUAUUGCAAUCUUCUACAUUAUUUAUGAGAUAGCAGCGCUUUGCUCUUCAUUUUGAGAGGAGGGUGAGGAAGAAGAACAAUAACAAGGAGGACUAGUACGUACGUUAAUAAUAAUAUAUAUAAACCUGAAGUACUGUUACUGUUGCGUAACUAUUCACAUUUUGAUACCCCAAAUUUAUUUAAAUCACAAUUUAGUCAUUUCUUCUUCUUCGUGUUCCCAAAACUUUUAUUAAAGUUACUAGCCACCCUCACAUGCAUACAACCUCAAUUAGCUCCAUGAAUUAGCGAUAAACAAUAGGGGAGGGCACACGAGUGAUUAAUCCAUGGUUUGAUAACAUGAAUCGCAGUGGGUGUGUGAUUGCAAAUUGAUAAAUCUCUUACCCGUACUUAUUUAGGUAUGGAGAUAUUGAGAUUAGUAAGAGCAUGACGAUGAUGAGUUUAAAUUUUUUGAACAUCAUUAUGUAAAGAAGGAGAAGGGUUAUGCUAGCUGGAGAGUUUGGGUAGUGUACCCUUUUUCCUUAUCCGUAAUAGAUUUAUCCAUUACGUGCUAAAAUUUUAUUCAAUUAUUUCCUAUUUGGCAUAAUAAAUACUCGAUAUAAAUAACUCACAACAAAAUUAUUGAACAAUUAUGUUUUGGUAUCUAGAACGGGUCCAUACACGACUCACCAACAGUCUAGAGAAUUAAUAAUUGAACCAUGAACCACUAACUUUUCAGCUCAAUGUCGAGUCUAAUUAAAAAUAAAUAUUUAUGGUUAUUACUUAUUAGAAAUUCGUCAUUUUCCACUAUUGAAUUUGAAGGCGUGAAAUUUUAAGCGAUUUUCAGUUUGUAUUCCUUUUUCUUCUCUCUAGAGUUUUUCUUUUUCUCCCGGACUAGAAUUUUCAACAAUUAUACAUGGAAUGUUUCGAUAGGUAUCUACACAUAUCAAAUUAAUAAAUAUAUAUAAACCUGAAGUACUGUUACUGUUGCGUAACUAUUCGCAUUUUGAUACCCCAAAUUUAUUUAAAACACAAUUUAGUCACUAUAAUGUACAUUUUACAUUUUGACACACCAAAAUUAAUUUUAAUGUAAAAUCAUUGAACAAUUAUGUUUUGGUAUCUAGAACGGGUCCAUACACGACUCACCAACAGUCUAGAGAAUUAAUAAUUGAACCAUGAACCACUAACUUUUCAGCUCAAUGUCGAGUCUAAUUAAAAAUAAAUAUACAUGGUUAUUACUUAUUAGAAAUUCGUCAUUUUCCACUAUUGAAUUUGAAGGCGUGAAAUUUCAAGCGAGUUUCAGUUUGUAUUCCUUUUGCUUCUCUCUAUAGUCUUUCUUUUUCUCCCGGGCUAGAAUUUUCAACAAUUAUACAUGAAAUGUUUCGCUAGGUAUCUACACAUAUCAAAUAAAUAGUUUUCAUUUUCUAUCAAAAAAUGAAUAAUUAUCAUCUUAAAUACAUCACCAUAAAAGGAAUUAAGCUUUAAGUAUGCA